AGGUUCCUUCGUGAGAUUAAGAAUCAUUUCUAAUAGCCCUUCCCUUCAUUUGGAGACACAUUAUUGUUCUUUCUUUUUUCAAGUCAUUUCUCUCAUCAAAGCAAAAACACCCUUCAUUCAGUUUGUGACAUGUCUCGCAAGAGGCUAGGAAAAAAGCUUCAACCUGCCAAGAAGGCAUGGAAGAGCUUCUCCAACACAGUCCAACACAAACUCCACAAACUCAACAUUCCCAAUUCCAUGAAAACCACCCUUCAACGCCUCCUUCAAUCCUUUUACUCCCUUGGCACUGUCAUACACUCUAGACUUCAUCGUUCAUUCACCACCAUAAGGCCACGUGGUGGUACUGCCACUUCUAAUUACUACCAUGUUCAAUACAAGCACUGUGCAGCCAUACACAUAGAUGACCUAUUUGACAACAAGACUAAUAAUUCUGCAGUGUCCGUGCAUGCCACCAACAAGACAAGUGCUCCUCAUGCAACACAAGUGCAAGGGGAAACAACCAAAGGCAAAGAGAUCAAAGGGAAAGAGAAAGAGGAGCCUGGUAUUUACAAGGGUAAUAAUUUGGUUGGUCAGUGUCGCAACCAGAGUCGCAGUGGCGGCGGCGAGGGUAGUAGUAGUGGCUUGAACACUAUAGAGGAUGCAUGGAAGGUUGUGGUUGCCAAGUCUCCACAACUACAUGUGGAUCAAAAGGCAGAAGAAUUCAUAAGCAAGUUUCGUCAAGAUAUGAGGCUUCAGAAAGAGAGGUCAAUGCUUGAAUUCCAGGAGAUGCUAGCACGCAGUACCUGAAUUGAGAUAAUUUUUUUUAUCUCAAUCACUAUAUUCAUUUUCUAAUUGGACAUUUAGAGUAGUACAAGAUUGAUAUAUACAUAUGGGGCAUGGUGGUUUAAUAUAUAUAAUUUUUUUUUUCUUUCAUGAGCACAUAUAUAAUUGUUUUAUAGUUGUGUGUGUGAAGAUGUAAAGGAAAUUAGGCUUUUGCGCUGCAUUGAGGGAUUCUUUUUCUUUUUUAAACAUUAUUUGUAUUCAUUCUUCUUGUGGUUGACAGAAGUGUCUCAUCGAUUGUGCAUUGUUUUGUAAUCUGACAAUAAUGAAGUGUGUAAUGUAUAGAAUGUAUUUGGAAGUGAGUUUUGUUAAGCUUUAUUUUUUCUGGCU